UUUAGUUUUUAUAUCAAAAUUUAGCCUGUUUUUGAUGGCUUUUCCCACAUCUAGUGCCCAGCAAGCCGAGACCAAUCGUAAAAUACUGGAGGAAAUACAAACGAAAAAGCAGUUGCUCAUCGGUCUGGGAAAUACAACGAAUCAGAUGCCCGCACCACAGCUGCUUGGCCAGCCGACAGUGACAGCCGAGUUUCCCCUAAGCGUAAGCGUUACGCCCAAUGCCGGAGGCGCUCUCGCCGCGCCGCGAUCUGCAUUUAAUCCAACGAGUUCUACAACUUUGGGAUUCUUUAUAUCACAAGAUUCAUAUUUUGGAAAUAGCUUCAUACCUGUGCUGCCGCGUCUUGAGCCACUGCCGACGACGCCGACGCCCAGUGCCAAGUAAUACACAAAAUCAGUUCACA